AUGGACGUAAACAAUGAGAGUUAUGGGACAGACUUCAUCCUUCUGGGGUUUUCUGACAGACCCCAAGUAGAACGCAUCAUCUCCGUGGUGGUCGUCAUCUCCUAUCUCGUGACUCUGGUGGGAAACUCGACCAUCAUCCUGGUGUCUUACCUGGACCCCCAGCUCCACACGCCCAUGUACUUCUUCCUCUCCAACCUGUCGCUUUUGGAUCUCUGCUAUACAACUACUGUUGUCCCCCAGAUGCUGGUAAAUCUGUGGGGGCCAAGAAAGUCGAUCACAUACGGAGGGUGUGUGCUCCAGUUCUUCUUUGCCCUGGACCUGGGUGCCACAGAGUGUCUGCUCUUGGCUGUCAUGGCCUAUGACCGCUAUACUGCUGUGUGCCAGCCUCUGCACUACACGGUGAUAAUGAACCCUCAGCUCUGCCACAGGAUGGUCAUAACGUCCUGGUUGGGUGGCCUUGGAAGUGCCAUAGUUAUUUGCUCCUUGACUUUGAAAUUGCCAAGAUGUGGGCACCGAGAGGUGGAUAAUUUCUUCUGCGAGAUGCCGGCGUUGAUUAAGAUGGCUUGUGCUUACUCCAAAGUCAUUGAGGUGGUAGUUUUUGCUCUUGGAGUGGUGUUUCUCCUCGUGCCUCUGUCACUAAUUUUCGUCUCCUACGGGGUCAUCACUCGUGCCGUGAUGAGGAUCAAGUCAGCAGGAAGAUGGAGGAAAAUCCUCAACACGUGCGGCUCCCACCUCACCGUGGUGGCUCUCUUCUAUGGAACAGCCAUUUCCAUGUACAUGAAGCCCCAGAGUAACAGCACAGCCCCCAAUGAGGACAAGUUCCUGACUCUCUUCUACACCAUCAUCACCCCCAGCCUGAACCCUCUGAUCUACACGCUGAGAAACAAAGACGUCAAGAGUGCAGUGAAGAGGCUGCUGUUUGCAAGGAAAUGCUCAGCACAGCUAUGA